AUGGUUUUCUACUUCACGAGUACUGCUGUGGACCCGCCAGUCACUCUCUUCAUGGGGAUGGAUAAAUUCGAGAAUGAGCACUUGAUUAAAUGGGGUUGGCCUGAAGAUGUUUGGUUUCACGUUGACAAGGUGUCUUCUGCUCACGUCUAUCUUCGUUUAAAUCCGGGAGAAUCAUUGGAUUCCGUUCCGCAGACUUUAAUAGAAGAUGCGGCUCAACUUGUGAAAGCUAACAGUAUAGAGGGUUGUAAGAUGAAUGAUGUGGAUGUAGUUUACACUAUGUGGGAAAACCUUCAUAAAACUGAGUCAAUGGAGGUUGGCCAGAUCGGAUUCCACAAACAAAAAGAAGUCCGAAAAAUCAGACUGCCGAAGAAAGAUACGAAUAUUAUCAAUAGAUUAAACAAAACUAAAGUGGAGAAAGAAGUGGAUUUCAGGGGUGAAAGAGAACAACGAGAUAAAGAAGAGAGGGAGGAUAAAAAGAAGAAGAUGAAGAAAAUUGAGGAACAGAAAAAGGAGGAGGAAAAGAAAAGAAAAGAAGAAGCAGAACUGAGAAGUUACUCCAACCUUAUGAAGGAGGAAAAAAUGAAGAGUAACAAAGAUGGAGGAAGUGAUUCUGAUGACUUUAUGUAAAACUCUAUGAAAACUGUAUAAAUGUGAUUUGGAUUUACAACCUGUUAAAGAAUUUUGUUCAAGUUUAUUUUUUAUUCUUUACAAAUGUGUUCUUUGAUGGUUGUUGAGAGUUUCUGAAAAGAUGAGAAAAUUAGUCCAUGAAACCCACAAAUCUAUCAAAAUGAAUCAUUUGUAAUCCACUUUAGAACAAUUUUUGUGAUAAUUUUCAUAAUGGGAAUGCACAAUUUUUUAUUGAUUUUUUA